AUGAGUAUUAAUACAGAACAAGCCUUACUUCAUGGAGAUUAUAAUACUUAUUGUUCAACAGAUGAGGAUUUAGAAUUAAAAGACUCACAUUCCUUUUUGGAAGAAUUUAAACAAUUAUUAAUGGCCACAUUUCCGUUGGCAAUUACAUUUUUUUUGCAAUAUGCAUUUUCAAUCACAUCUUUAAUUGCAGCUGGUAGACUAGGUCCACUUGCUCUUGGAGCAGCAUCAUUAGCUCUUACGGUUUUCAACUGUUUUGGUCUUUCAAUCUUUCAGGGCCUUCUGACAUCACUUGAUUCAUUGUGUGCGAUGACGUUUGGGCGUCAAAAUUUUUUUGGAGUUGGUUUAUAUUUUCAAAGAUGUACAGCUAUAAUGUUUACUGCGAUGAUUCCUUUAAUAGUGUUUUGGUGGUAUUCAGGCGUCUUUUUGGGGUUGUUUGUUCAGGAUAGAGACUUAGUUAAUUUAGCACAAACCUUUUUAAGAUGGCAUAUUGUUGGUGUUCCAGGUUUGAUUUUGUUUGAAGGAUUAAAGCGAUUUUUGCAGUCACAACAUAUUUUCCAUGCUGGUACUUACGCUUUGGCUAUUGCAGUCCCCUUGAAUAUAAUUUUGAAUUGGUUUUUGGUUGUAAGUGAGUAUGGUCUAGGAUAUAUUGGAAUUCCAAUAACGAUAGCAAUCACAUAUUGGUUUAUGUCAGUGUUGAUGAUAGGAUAUAUUUACUUCAUUGAUGGUAGCAAAUGUUGGGGUGGUCUUCAGUUACGAGAAGCGUUUUCUAACUGGGAACCAAUGUUGAGUUUAGCUAUACCAGGAGUUAUUACGUUGAUAUCUGAAUUUUUAGCAUUUGAAAUUUUGGUCUUUUUUGCAGCCAACUUUCCAGAUCCUGCAUCAAAAGUUUCAGCACAAGCAAUAGUUUCAAACAUUGCUUCACUUUUAUAUCAAGUACCAUUUUCAGCAAGCGUUGCAAUCACAACUAAAUUAUCAUAUUUCAUUGGUAAAAAAGAUAUAUAUGGUGCCAAACUUAUGAUUAGAAUAUUUUUUGCAACAGCUCCAAUCAUGGGUGUUAUAAAUUGUUUAAUUUUUGUUUUAGGUAGAAGCAAAUUAGCACAAUUGUUUACUGAUGAUGAAGUAGUUUUAAAUCUUGCCACUGGGUUGAACGUGUUGGCGGGUAUUAACCAGCUAUGUGAUUCAUUUAAUGUUUUAGGUUCUGGUGUGUUAAGAGGAAUGUUUCAAUAUAAAUUAUCAUCCUUUUUAAGUUGUUUUUGCUUUUACGGGUUGGCUAUACCCUUAGGUUAUAUUAUGGGGUUUAAGUUUCAUCAUGAAUUAUUUGGAUUAUGGUACGGCUUAAUCAUAGGUGUGUUUUUCUUAGCACUUGCACAAGUUAACUUCAUAUUGCGUAGUAAUUUAAAAGCAAUCAUUAUUACUCUGCAUAAUUUGCAUGAAUCUCAAUAG